AGUCCCGGCGAUGGACGGAUGGGCGGUGCUUAGUAGUUUAGUACAGAUGUUGUGAUCAGGUUUCGAAAUAAGAUUCAAGUUAGGCAAUAGAACUCCCGCAUGUUUUUGUCUCGUAGUGCAACUCAAACUGAAAAGAAAAUGAGACGGCAAAGGUUUGCGUGGGGGUUUGACUGGUGUGAUUUUUGGAUGCACUUGCUUCUGUGCUGUGUAUUCAGGACGGUGACACUGUACAAUCUGGAUACGGAAAACCCUGUCCUAGUUAAAGGACCUGAAGGCACACUGUUUGGCUAUUCGGUACUAUUACACAGCUACAAAGACGAAAAGUGGUUUGUUGUUGGUGCUCCGAAAGCAAAUGCAUCAUUUGAUGGUACAGUAAACCCUGGAAUUAUUUACAAAUGCCGAAUCGACCACAAUGCUAAUCAAACUUGCGAAGAACUACAUUUAGGUAUUCCAGCAGGAAAAUCAUGCGGAUUUGAUUGUAUGGAAGAGAAAGAUAACCAGUGGCUUGGUGUUAGUUUGUCAAGACAGCCAAAGAAAGAUGGUUACAUACUGGCCUGUGCACAUCGGUGGAAAAAUGUGUAUUACCAGGCGUUUGAUAAACGGCCUCUUGGGUUGUGUUUUAAAAUUCCAACUGACUUGCAACCUUCUCAAGAUUUGCCACUGAUACCGUGUUUUAGAGAACAUAGAUGGAAAGAUCGAGAAAGAGAAUUAUGUCAGGCAGGAAUUGCUAGCUUUCUGACUGAGGAGUUAAUCAUAAUGGGAGCUCCUGGAUCUCAUUAUUGGACUGGAACUGUUGCUGUCAAGAAUGAAAAGACAGAUUCUUUGCUCUUUUACACGGAUGAUGAAAAUAUAGUUCAGUAUGGAAGCUACCUAGGUUAUGCUGUUAGUGCAGGACACUUUACUUCUCCAAACAGCACAGAGAUUGUAGGAGGGGCACCUCAACAGGAAUUAACUGGUCAAGUCUACAUUUUUGAACAGCAUGAACAGACGUUGAAAAUCAUUUUCACGGCAAAGGGUAAAAUGCUUGGCUCAUACUUCGGCUCAUCAGUUUGUGCGGUGGAUCUGAAUUCAGAUGGCUUCUCAGAUCUGUUAGUGGGAGCCCCCAUGUACAGCAUAAUCAGAGAAGAAGGGAGGGUGUACGUUUACUUGAAUAGUGGAUUGGGAGUGAUGGAAGAGCUGGCGAUGGAAUUAGUUGGAAGAAAUUCUUACGCAGCAAGAUUUGGAGAGGCAAUCGUGGACCUUGGAGACAUUAAUGAAGAUGGAUAUGCAGAUAUAGCAAUUGGAGCUCCCCAAGAAGAGGAUCAGCAGGGAGCUAUUUAUAUUUACAAUGGAAAUGAGAAAGGGAUAUUGUCCAGCUUUUCUCAACGAAUCCAUGGACUACGGAUUAAUAAUGCUCUGCGCGCAUUUGGCCAAUCCAUAACUGGAGGUGUAGAUGUUGAUGAUAAUGGUUAUUCAGAUGUAGCUGUUGGAGCCUUCAUGUCUGAUACUGUAGUGUUGCUCAGGAGCAGGCCUGUUGUGGUUAUUGAAGCUUUCAUUCAGCUACCUCCUUCAAUCAACCGUACAAAAAUGGAAUGCUUUGAGAAUGGGCAGCCCAUUGUGUGCAUCAGUGUUACUGUGUGCUUUGCUCACAAAGGAAAGAAGAUUCCUGGUCACAUAGUGUUGCGCUAUAACAUAAGUACCGAUGUUAACAGAAGGAACGGUUUUCCUCCCAGAUUUAACUUAAGAUCUGAUGGCAACUUGACUAGUAGUUCAGGACAAAUUGCAAUCUAUCACAAUAUCAUUACGUGUAACACUCAUCAAGCAUUUAUGAGGAGGGAGGUCAGAGAUAUUUUAACAGCAGUUUACUUUGAAGUAUCAUAUUCCCUGGAAAAACAUAUUACAAAUGAAGAAUCUGCAGAUACUUUCCUUCCGCUCCAACCUGUUUUGCAGAAAAAAGGAAACCAAGCGAAUGAAGUCAGAAAUAAGACCUAUUUUGAGCGAUACUGUGCAUUUGAAAAUUGUUCUGCUAACCUCCAGCUUUCUGCAAAACAGCUACUAAUAGGGUCCCAUGUAAACAAAUCCUAUCUGGCAGUUCAGGAGGCAAAGAGGGUUGUUUUGAAUGUAUCUGUAUUCAAUGCAGGGGAUGAUGCAUACUCAACAACUCUAACUGUUAAAUUUCACAAAGACUUACAUUUCAUAAGAAUGGUUGACGUGGUGGAGAAGCAUGUAAUAUGUAAUAUUGGCAGUGAUGAAAAUUCAACAAGUCUGGAAUGCGUCAUUGGACAUUUGUAUAUGGAUUUUUUAUCAAAGGUGGAAUUAAGUUUUUUUCUAGAUGCCAGUAGCAUCACCAGAGCAGAGGAAGACAUUUACAUCACUGUUAAUGUGACUUGUGAAAAUGAAAUGAAUGUGGAGUUACUUGAAGAUAACUUUGUUCAUCUGAAAUUGCCCUUAAAAUACGAGGUUAACAUUGCGGUCCAUGGAUCCGUAUAUCCUCCCUCAUUUCUGUACGAGGGAGUCACAGACAAUGACGCAAUGGAAUUUGCUUUCUAUGAUCCGCCUUGCAUGUAUCAGAAUGUCAAUUAUUCAUUCCAGGUAACUAACAUGGGGAACAGCAUAGCUCCUAAUAUUAUGCUACAAAUUACACAGCCCAACAUGCUGCGAACAAGUGACUUCAAGUUGUUUGAAAUUCUUGAUGUAAAGACUGAUAAAGGAGAAUGUCAAUUUGACCGUUAUUCAGAAAACUGUACUGGAAUGCAAGAUGUAACCAUAUUUCAACAAAUGUUUAACUUUUUGAAGAAGAUUGGAAGAAGAGUAUUGUCCUGUUUCAGACCUGGAAUUUCCUGUUUAAAUAUCAGUUGCCAGUUAGGAGACAUUGAACAUGGAAGAGUUGUAUCCAUCCAUGUUGCUAUGAGACUCAAUUAUGCAUUUUUGGCAUCGGAUUCUGCUGCUUCAAUAUUUUUUAUUACAGAAGCUGUGGCAUCAUCAGCGCAGAAUCAAAAGGUUAUCCAAAAAAAAGGAGGCACACGUAAAACUGUCACCAUGGAAGCAAUUUAUAAUAGAAAACCAAAAUUUAAAGUGGCAGUAUUGAUUUUUGGAAUGAGUUUGUUGCUGGGGAUUGUCAUUUUGUUUGUAUGCAUUUUCCUGCUUUACAAGUGUGGAUUCUUUAAAAGACCAUUUAAAGUCAAAAUAAACAGAGAAAUGAGAAAAAAUUAUCUGCAAGGAGGUUGGGAGUCAAUAUGUCAAGAAGAAAAUACUGAAAUAGAUGAAAAUCGUGCAAGCAAAUUAACAUUAACAAAAAUGUGAGAAAUGCAAAUGAAGCAAGAAUAGACAUUAUUUGAAUAUUAGAAAUUGAUACUUGCGUAUAUUUGUGAGAUGAUUGUGUAGGAAUUUAUGAAGAAGUGUUCUAUAUUACAAUGUGUAGAGUCUAACCACGCACUACUUUGUGCAUGCAAGUGUAUUAAAUUGCUACUUUUUGAACAUAUUUGUUCCACUGCAUUAAUCAAGACAGUAUUACUUCUAUGAGGUGCAUUUCAAUCUAACCUUGAAUUUAAAACAAACAUCCUUAGUAUAUUGAGAAAUGCAUUUUCCAACGAACACCAAAAAAGAAGUGUGAAAUUCCCCAAUAGACAGAAUUUUACAUCUUUCCACUGAUAAAAAUGAACAGAUUAUUUUGCUCAUUCUUUGCGAUUGUUGCACCUGCUAAGAUUUCCUCCUUGCUGCUGGGUAUGGAACUGGUUUUUAAUAUAUGAAGAAAUAAACAGAGAUGUUUUUGAAAUGUUUUUCAUUAUUAUGCAGUGCAGAAUGAGACUCACCAUCCCAUCAUGCUAAUGCUGGCUCUUUGAAAGAGUUAUCCAGUUCCUGCUAUUUUCUUCUUUUAUCUUGGUUCUGCAAACUUGCUUAUUUAAGCACAUUCCCAUUCAAUUUUGAAAAGCUACUGUCAACUUUGUUUCUAUGACACUUAAAAGUCUGUAUCAUAACCGCUCGCUUUUUAAAAAAGAUAAUCUCUCUGCCCCUUUAUUCUUUUACAAAGUAGUUUAAAAUCUGUGUCCUAUGGUUAUCAGUGUUGCUGAUUUUACUCUAUACAAGUAGUAAACAGUGGGAAAGACAGUAGAAGUCUUCAAGAGGUAGUGUUAGAAUGGACAAAUGGUUCUGUUCUGAGGAAGGGUCACCGGACCCGAAACGUUAACUCUGUUUUCUCCUCCACAGAUGCUGCCAGACUUGCUGAGCUUUUCCAGCAACUUUGUUUUUGUUGUUGUUGGACAAAUAGUAUUUGAAAUACAACGCAGUAAAAUGCGAAGUGGUACUUUUUAACAAAGAAGAAUGAAGAAAGAAGGUGCUGAAUGGUAUUUUUGAAGGAGGUGAAAGAGCAGAAAUAUCUGGAGGUGUUUGUGCAUAAGUCAAAAGUAGUAAAACACAGUAACAAAGCAGUUAAUAUUUAGAGAUAGUAGGGACUGCUGAUGCUGGAGCCUGAGAUGACAAGUUGUGGAGCUAGAUGAACACAGCAGGCCAGGCAGCAUCAGAAGAGCAGGAAAGCUGACAUUCCGGGUCUGGACCCUUCUUCAGAAAUGGGGAAAUGAGUUAAUAUAUAGGAUUUUAAGCUUCAUAAACAAGAGGCACAGAGUAUGAAAGCUAAGAUGUGACACUACACUUACAUUAAAUACUAAUUCUUCCCCAGCUGUAGUAUCAUGUUCAAUCUUUGAACCACGCUUUAGGAAGAACAUGAAGAUACAGAGUGAUAUACUAGAGUGAUUCUGGGAAUGAAGGAUUAUGUUGAUGGUUAUGGUUUGCUCUUCUUUUGAGUGUAGACUGGGAAAAGAUUUGUUGGUGUGUUUUAAAAUUGAAAUUAGGGUAAAUAAAAAGAAACAGUUUUCACAGUCAAUAAGAAAGCACAUAUUAAGAUGAUUGGCAGACACGAACAAAGACUUUUUGCUCAUUGGAUAAUUAGGAUUUGGAAUGCCUUACCUGAUAGGAUGGUGGAUAAAAAUCAAGAGGGGAUUGAAAAGAAUGUAAACAGAAAACAUUGCAGAGAAAGAGGAAAAGAGCUGGGGAGUGGGACUAACUGGAUUGUUCUUUGAAACAACCAGCAUAGACAUGACGGAACAGAUGAUUUCCUAUUCUGCACUAUUCUGUGAAAUCUCCCCUUAAAGCAGCGUGUUAAGGAAAAUCCCAGCCCUCUACUCCUUUAUUUUAGAAAAAAGUUAAAUCAAAUCUGGGAUAAAGAAAAUUAUCUUUUUUCAGCUUUUGAACAAAUUGUUUUACCUAGUGAAUUUUAUAAAACAAUCAACUUUCAAUCUAGCCAUCCUGCUCAGUGGUUGUGUUUAAUUUCAAUAAUGACAAAUAAAGCAGCAGCAUAACUUGUCUAUCCGUAUACUCAAUGCCCCUUCCAGUGAAGGCAAGCAUGCCAUAAGCCUUUUUUACUACCUUAUCUACCUGCACUGCCACCUUCAGUGAUCUGUGGACCUGCCCACCUAGGUCCCUCUGCACAUCAAUACUCCUGAGGGUUCUGCUAUUCAUUGUAUAAUUUCCACCUGUACUUGACCUUCCAAAAUGCAUCAUCACAUUUGUCUGGAUUAAACUUCAUCUGCCAUUUUUCUGCCCAUGCCUCUAAUUCACCCGUAUUCUGCUGUAACCUCUGACAGUCCUCACUAUCUGCAACUUGACCAAUCUUUGUAUCAUCUGCAAACUUACUAAUUAGACCAGCUACGUUUUCCUUCAAAUCUUUUAUGUAGAUCAUGAACAGCGGAGGUCUGAGCACUGAUCCCUGUGGAACACCACUAGUCACAGCCCUCAUUCUUAUAAACCCUGGCAGGGGAAUUGAGUUUAAGAGCCGUGAGGUUAUGCUGCAGCUCUAUAAAACUCUGGUUAGAUCACACUUGGAGUAUUGUGUUCAGUUCUGGUCACCUCAUUAUAGGAAAGAUGUGGAAGUUUUAGAGAAGAUGCAGAGGACAUUUACCAGGAUGCUGCCUGGACUGGAGGGCAGGUCUUAUGAGGAAAGGUUGAGGGAGCUAGGGCUUUUUUCAUUGGAGUGAAGAAGGAUGAAAGAUGACUUGAUAGAGGUUUAUAAGACGAUGAGAGGCAUAGAUAGGGUGGAUAGUCAGAGACUUUUCCCCAGGGCAGAAAUGACUAUUAUGGAGGGGCAUAAUUUUAAGGUGAUUGGAGGAAGGUAUAGGGGAGAUGUCAGAGGUAGGUUCUUUACACAGAGAAUGGUGGGCAUGUGGAAUGCACUGUUGGCAGUGGUAGUGGAGUCAGAUACUUUAGAGACUUUUAAGCAACUCUUGGAUAGGCACAUGGAGGAUAGUAGAAUGUAGGGUAUGCAGGGUAGAUUUUAGUAGGAUAAUAGGUCGGCACAACAUCGUGGGCUGAAGGGCCUGUACUGUGCUGUACUGUUCUAUGUUCUAUAUUGAGUCUAUGUGUUCCUCUUUAUUGUGUAAUUGGUUCAAACCUGCAUUUGCAUCAGUAACAACGGAUUAGGAGCAACAUCACAAUUUAGAACUACUUUUAUACUUAUACUUAUUCCUCCUAAUUUAUCUCAAUAAAUUUGAAACAAAAUACUCAA